AUGGGGGACGCGUUCAGGGAUCGCACAGCCAGGCUGCUGGUGGACUACCUGGAGUACUGCGCCCGCGAGCCCGGCACCCCCGUGCGGACGCCAUCCACGCCCGAGGACGCCGUGCCUCCCGUGGCCGCCCGGAUACAGGAGACCAACCUUCAUUUCUUUUCCCGAUACCGCGGCUUCUGCGGGAACCGCGUCGAGCUGGUGGCCUGGAUGGCGCAGGAGCUACUCUCCAACAACCGUGGUGGCCCCAGUUGGGGCCGCGUGGCAGCGCUCGUGACCUUCGCGGGGACGCUGCUGGAGAGGCCGCCCGGGGGAGCCCGUAGGCGGAAGAAGAUGGAGAAUGAAGACGUUAGCAGAGACUGCCGGUUCCUGGUGGCCUUGCUGUGUGCUCAGCUCUCCGGACGGCACCGCGCCUGGCUGAUGGCGAAUGGCGGCUGGGAUGGAUUUUGUCUCUUCUUCCAACGCUCAUUGCAGCCAUCUUGGAAAAGACAGCAGGUCCUAUGUUUUUGCCAGGAGUAUUCCAACUCUUUGAGUUCUUUUGCCACUGUGAAUAGAAUCUGGAGAGGAUGUUUUGCCUUCCCAGAGGGAGCCUGCCUUGAAGAGAAGAGCUCACAGGACAGAGAAAAAAGAGAAUUUUUUAAGGGAAAAAUAACAGCAUGUGUGUAGACUGAUGGGACUGAUCCAAGAGAUGGAAGGAACGAGAUGCAGGAACAAGAGGAGAUGGGCCCUCAUGCCCGGAUGGAGGAGUGCCUUACAUAGAUGCAGAGUGGUCUCCCUGGUUAGAGGAGAGAAGGCCAAGUGUGCAGACAGAUGCACAGCAUGGGGGAGAUGUGGUGGAGAGAGCAUGUGGUGGUUCUAUUCAGAUGCUUCCAUUGUCUCAGUGAAAUAAGAAGCAAGAUCCUCGUCCAGAGGAAGGUGUUGGAGGUUUCAGGAGGAGAAAGUGUGUGAUACCAGGAGCUGAGCACUACUUACCCAGAAUGGAAUCCUUAAGAUGAUCCUUCUUCCUUUGCAGGAGAAGGAAAGCAAGUCACUUUGCUUGGCCACCAUUAAAAAACAAUACAAAGUAAGCAUCUAAAGUAACUGGUACAGAAGCAAAACUUCAUCAGUUCUAGGUUCAGGAAUUUAUCUUUAUAUCCAAAGCAAUCUGAAUGCCAAGUCACUGGACAUUCUAGUUCUGAAGACUCAGUGUUAAUGAGUGGUCCAUUUCAAGGCCCAAUGCAGUAGUCACUGUAGAAAUGAAAGAAUUCUGAGCCAGAAAGAAACUGCUAUUGUCCCCACCUUCUGUCUUAUCCCUGAGCUUCUGCUUUCUGAUUUGAAACUCUGCAUUAUCAGUUGGGAAUUUUUCUCAACUUUUUCAGGGUUAAUUGGGAAUUUAAAAAUUAUUCAAAGUAUAGUAUGAUGUUUCCUCUCCUUUACCUUUAUCUAAGCUCUCCUCUCUGUAUAUUCACUCCUGCCUGCUUUCACAGCUAUUUAUACUAGUUAACUAACAUUUAUUCAUUAUUCACUCGAUGCUUUGUACUCAUUUGAGGAAACAGACUUUGAGAGGUUGAGUGACUUGCCCAAAGACACAUUACAGGUAAGGGGCCAGUUCUUGAACCAAGGUCAUAUGACUUCCAAGACCUCUAUCCCAGCCACAAUACUGCACCCACCUGAUUAUCACUCAGAGUUUCCCCCACAGCCAUUAGCACAAUGACAUGCUGAAAAGCAAACUAAGACUACUGGCUGGCCGCCUGACCCUGCCUGGUCUAAUCUCAGCUCUGCCACUUUUUAAUUGAAUGACAUUGGACAAAUUAUUUAGCCUUUUGUAACAUCUGUUUCCUCAUUAGUAUAGAAAAAUACCUAUUAACAGAUUUACAACAUAAGGUUAUUUUGAAGAUUGAAUUAUAUGAAACAUAAGGUACUUAGAGCCUGCCACGUAACACAUACUAACUAAAUGUUACCUAAAAAAUAUUGUUCUUACCACUAAUCAGCUUUGGCCAAGUGACUUCAUAUCUCUAAAUAUCAUGUUCCACUUCCCUGAUUUGCAUUGAUAGAGCUCUGGGAAUCACUGAACCAUGUAAGGUAUACCUUGGGGGACGAUGUUCCUGGUUUUGCCCUAUUAGGGAAAAUUGGGUGUUGUUAUAAUUUAUCAUUCUUUCUCUGACCAUCCCACAAAACUCCUUUCUCCUUUUCUUGCAGUGACUGCAUUUGUUCUGGGAAGCUGUUACAUGCUAUCUGCCUUUUAUGUAUUUGGGACAACAGUACAGUGACUUUAUAUUUUUGUAAAUGCUAAUUUCCCACAGAAAAACUGUAAAAAUAAGCCACAUAAAAAUGAUAAAAACAAAAAAAAUUGUAUUUUUAGGGUGAGAAGUAAAUAAUAUUUAGUUCUCCAGAGAUUAAAAACCUAAAAGACAAGUUCAUGAGCCUACAGUUCUGCCCAGUAGUCAGACAAGCAGGGAGUAGAAGGGCUCUGGGUUCAGGGCUGAGGGGAUUUGUCUAAAAUCAGUUGUUCUUCUACAACAAGGUAUCACCUCACACCAGUCAGAAUGGCCAUCAUUAAAAAGUCUACAAAUAGCAAAUGCUGGAGAAGAUGUGGAGAAAGGGAA